CUCUGCAUUAUAAUGGAUGUUCAGGAGUAUUUCUACAAACAGCUAACCAUAUUCCAUUAUCAUCUGCAGUCCGAUUAUGGGUUGCUCAUUAAGGCGGCGACCUGCAUUGCCUUUGGAGCAGUUUGCGGUUGGAUUAUGGCACUUUUGGCAUUAAUAAUUUAUAAGAUAACCGUAUUUUUCGAUGCAUUGCCUGUGGUGAUGUAUAACUAUCCGGAUGAUGAUUUGGAUUUGGAAUCAGAUAUCGGAAAACUGAAUCAAGAAAGACACAGGCGAAGAAUGCCGACGAACAAUCCAUUAGUUUAAAACCGAAUACUUAAAAAUAAACUUUGAAAAUGUACUCAGUUUUUGAAACUUACACGUACUUAGUGAACCAAAAACCCUCAAGAUUUUAUUAAAUGUAUCAAUUAUA